UAGUCACUCUUACGACACCAAACGCAUUUUUCUCAUUUCGAAGCUCAGCGGCCGAAACUAGGGUUUUUGCAACUUUGCAGCCAUGGGGAAGGGAACAGGGAGCUUUGGCAAGAGGAGAAACAAGACACACACGCUGUGUGUGAGGUGUGGCCGGCGAAGCUUCCACAUCCAGAAGAGCCGCUGCUCUGCCUGUGCCUAUCCUGCUGCCCGCAAGAGGACAUACAACUGGAGUGUGAAGGCCAUAAGGAGAAAGACUACUGGAACUGGACGCAUGAGGUAUCUCCGCCACGUGCCGCGCAGAUUCAAGACCAACUUCAGAGAAGGCACUCAAGCUGCACCUAGGAAAAAGGGAACAGCUGCUUCUGCUUGAGGGUAUUUCAGGAUUCAGAUUUGGAUUUUAUGUUAAAGUGUACUUCUAUUGGUAUUUUAAAUCAUUAAGGGAACAAUUGAAUUUUCUAGAACAUCAUUUGAAGCGUUUUUGCCUUUCGGAUCCUUAUUGAUGUUAAUUUUGUUUGGAUACAUGAGUUUGCAUUUUAAUUCUUACAGACAGGAGAUUGACGUAAGUUGGAAUGCUUAUUUUUAAUUGUGCGCUAA